UCAACACCGGGAAAUGUUGCGCGUUCAAGGGAAGAAGAAGAAGAAAAAAGCCCUACGGAGUCUGCGCAGUAGCGCUGCGCUCGUCACUCCGAACUUUCGGGAGACGCGCGGACGAAGGAGGGAGGAGGACGACCGCGCCAUUUUCCCUGGUAUAGACGAGUUGUUUUCAGUCCAGAGUGGCAGGCGGAAUCCGGACCGGCCCGUUAGUUCCCCUUCAGGAACAAGACUGAGAGGAGGAGAGGAGUGGACGAGGCGGAGCCAUGUCGGCCACGUGGCGCGAAGACGAUGAAGAGUUCAGGGUGGGAGGAGUCAAAGGAGGAGGCGGGCUGAGGUCCAAACCGAGGUUCUCGUACACCGAGGUCAAGAUGCUGCUGGAGGCGGUGAAGAGGAACCGAUUUAUCAUCCUCCGAAAGUUCAACCAAGGCGUGUCGGCAGAGACCAAGAAACAGACCUGGACCGAAAUCACCAACCAGAUCAACGGACUGGGAGAGAACCACCGAGAGGUGCGUCAGAUCAUGAAGAAGUGGGCCGACCUCAAGUGUGACGGGAAGCGGCGCAUCGCGGCGCUGCGGGGCCCCAAUGGCAGCAACAUGAGGAAGAAGAACCUGGGCGCCGUGGAGAAGAUGGUCCACAAGAUCCUGAUGAUGAGUCCGAGAGCAGGCGGCGACAGCGACCUGGAGCUCGGCGAAGAUGAUGAUCUGUCAAACCUGUACGCGAAGGGCCUGCCGCCCCCCACCCCAACGCCCUACUCCUACCUCAGCCUGACGGACAACCCCCAUUCGCUGGAGCUGUCACCUCUCUCGUCACCGGAGAAAGAGCACGGCGGAGAUCCUUUUCAUUCGUCCUCUGACUUUGACCUGGAGCUCGGAGACGACGGAGAACGAACCAUGGACCUGGAGGAGAACGACGACUCCCUGUUCUCCUCGGUUCCCUCCGCUCUUCCUCCUCUUCCUCCUCCUCCUCCUCCGCCCGCCUCCGCCUCCCUGGACCCGCUGCCCGACGACGUCCUGCUGAGGGUCAAGCCGGUUUUCACCUACUCCCGAAACAACAGCCAGAACAACAACCACAUCCAGAACCACAACUACUCCAGACCCACACCCGGACCCUCCACCUCCUCUGGUUUCCCCUCAGGGUCGGACCCAGAGGCCUCCGCCUCCUCCCUCCCUGCUCCUCCUCCCACCUCCUCCUCUACAGCCAAUGACUCUUCCUCUCACCCCGCGCCCUCUUCCUCCUCGGCCCCGCCUCCUCCUCCCGCCUCCUCCUCCUCCUCCGGCGCUCCCGUGACCGCCGCCCCCUCGUCUUCAGCCGGCCCUCGUCAACCGCCUCCCUCCCCCCCGUCCACUCGGCCCUCCAACCCGGCGGACCCCCUCCCGGCCGGCGCCUCCUCCCACAGGUCCCGGGACACGGUGUCCCAGGUGGCGUCCCAGAGCCUGCAGCAGCAGCGGGCCAGCCGGAUGCUGCUGACCUCGGUGUCCCGGUCUCUGGAGACGCUGGCCCAGUCCGUCCAGCUGCUGGUGGAGAGUCAGCAGGAGUUCGUGCAGGAGUCGCUGCUGCUGCAGCGAGAGACGGUCGACAUCCUCCGGGACUUCUCCGGCACGGCGCUGACGAUGCUGCGGGACAAGGCCAACAGUGGCCACCACCACCCGCCGCCCUCGCACUUCUGAAGAAAACCGCCGGAGAGACGGGACGGGAAGAAAAGACGAGAUGAAUAUCGGUUCAUCUCGCGCGUCAACUGCGAAACGGCGGCUGACAAACUUCCUGCUGACGAACUUUCUGCUGACAAACUUCCUGGCGAUGCAGACUGAGAACCACCGGGCAGAUUCGUGUGUCUGAUCCGACACUUGUACAUCGGAGAUGUCAGACUUUAUUUGCGGAAACUUUGGAGCUUGUCGUUUAUUUCAGGAUUGAACAUGAACUCUUUUUUUUCCUCACUGGAGACUGAAGCAGUGUAACCACAGUCUUUUACUGAGUGUUUGAGUUUGUCUUUAACCCUCCAGAAACCUAGAGCGCCCCCCUGUGGUCGCUCAGGGGAAAUUAACAAGGAAGCUGUAACGUGUCAGUCGAAUAUAAAACGGCGUCUUUAGCUCCAGGUUCACGUCGGCAACGUGGACCCGGAGCCGAGAGAGUUUUUAGGAUUUUUCGAGGUUACUGCUGCAGAUAUUACGACUGAGUUUUAGGGGCCACAUGGGAGGAGGGGGAAAUGAGACUUUCAUUUUACGUGAAAAAGUCAUAAUUUUACGAGAAUGAAGUUGUGAUUCACAAAGUUUCUCCACGUUCCUCAUUUUAACGCACGGGACUGAUCUUCUGACAACGCCCCACGAAAACAACACAGACACCAAAUACUUGAUUCUCGUAACAUUUACGACUUUAUUCUCAUAAAACUACAACUUUAUUCUUGUAAAUUUACGACUUUCUCUUAAAUUUAUGACUUUAUGUUGUAACAGUCCGACCUUAUUCUCAUAAAUGUACAACUUUUUUCUUGUAAAUUUGCGACUUUAUCGUCGAAGUGGCCCCUAAUACUCCAUCUAAGAAUUAGUUUCUCCAAAGUUUUCAAAAUGAAGGACAAAACAGUCCAUUGGAUUAACAUGGAUUAUAUUAUAUAUGCGAUAUGUAGUUUUCUGGUCUAAACUUGGCUCCACUUCGGAGCCAACCAGAGUCCUGCUGCGAUCCAUUAUACCUCGGAAGUCGGGGUGGGGAUUUCUUUUUGUGACCCGGGGGGCGUUCCAGUUGCAAUUUCCGACCCGGAGGUCGAUAAUUCCGUGUUCCGAGGGAAAAAUGGAACGCAGGGAAAUCUUCCCGUUGACUGAAAGGUCUCAGAUCUUUUAGUUCUGAAACACAAAACACAGAUAAAAUCAUGAUGAACAGGAAUUAAGAAGAAACAAAAUCAUUGUUAUUAUGAAUAUUAAUAAAUCCAUGUCUGAUUA